CAGUUUCCUUUUGUGCCCGCGAAUCUAUCAAAUCUUAUGGUAAUAAAUUUUUCCAAUAAUUUCACGGCUUCGGCACCGAUUGCCGUCUGUUUUUGAUUCAUACUGUUUGUUGAUUCACGCAGUAAAACCCAGUAAAUAAAGAAAGCUACAAUCGCCCCAACAAUUAUAUAUAUACACACACGCGCGCGCUAUAUUGUGAUUGCAAUAAGCGUAUUUAUUCAGCGAAUUCCUUCGCUUCUACUGUGAGAGAGGGUUGUUGAUUCGAAGAUUCAAUCAUGGCUUACGAGAACGAUGCCUACCGUGAUGAAGACGGCGAGCCAUUGGUGGACUUUGAUGAUGAUGUCCGAUCUGAAGAGGAGCAGCCUCACGAUCUCUUCGAUGACAUAGAGGAUUCUGUAUAUGACCGCAGGGAGAGAUCUGCAACUCCAGUGCUCAACGACUCGAGUUCUAAGCCCCGGAAGAGAUUGAUAAAAAAAUCAGCUGUUAAAGAACCAGGCCCCAUAGAUUUUGGGUUAGAUGAUGACGAUGAUGAUGAUUUAGGUGGGGAUUAUGGCCGCGGGGAUGAUGUGGCUGGGUUGGUGAGAGAUGAUUACUCCAAUGGCGGAAAGAGGAAGAGGGAUAAUGUAGAGAAAUUGAGAGUUCUGGAGAAAAAUAGGAAGGCUGAGAAGGAAACUAAGUUUAAGGUUAGGAAGAGUGGGGGAGGAAGAAUGAAAGAUCAUGAGGCAGAUCCAGAGAUGAAAGAGAUGUGGGACACUAUUGCGGGCGACAAUUCUGAGGAGGACCAAGAAGGUGUUCGGACUCUGGAUGAUGAUAAUUUCAUCGAUGAUACUGGCGUAGAUCCUUCUGACCGUUAUGCAAGUGACCGUGAACAUUCUCCAAGUCGAGCUCCUGAGGCAGAAGAGGGAGAAGAGGAUGAUGAAAUCAAGGAUCUUUUUAAGGUUGGAAGGAAAAAGAAGAAAAGUGAAAAAAGUCCGGCUGAAAUUGCAUUGCUAGUUGAGAAUGUGAUGGCUGAGCUCGAGGUGGUUGCAGAAGAAGAUGCUGAGCUAAAUAGACAGGGGAAACCUGCAAUCAAUAAGUUGAAAAAGCUUUCCCUUCUGACAGAUGUUCUCUCCAAAAAGCAACUCCAGCAAGAGUUUCUUGAUCAUGGAGUUUUGACUCUAUUAAAGAACUGGCUUGAGCCUUUGCCAGAUGGAAGCUUACCAAACAUUAACGUCCGUGCUGCUGUUCUGAAGAUCCUAAAUGAUUUCCCAAUUGACUUGGAGCAAUAUGACCGCAAAGAACAACUAAAAAAGAGUGGUCUUGGCAAGGUUAUUAUGUUUUUGUCAAAGGUUGAUGAGGAAACUACUGCCAACCGGAAACUUGCUAAGGAGUUGGUGGAUAAAUGGAGCCGGCCAAUUUUCAAUAAGAGCACAAGGUUUGAAGACAUGAAAAACUUUGAGGAUGAAAGAAGUUACAGGAGGACACCUGCAAAAAAGGCAGUGAAUAAUGCAGCAGGAAGGGCGUCGCGGGAUGAUGACCUAGAUUUUUCGCAGGAGCGAAAAUCUAGUCAGUCUUCUUCGAGGCAACAUGCCUCUAGGCCUGAAGCAAUGUCCAUGGACUUUAUGGUCCGUCCUCAAUCCAAGGUUGACCCAGAAGCAGUGCGAGCCCGUGCUAAACAAAUGGUACAAGAUCAGCGUAGGGCCAAGAUGAACAAGAAGCUGCAACAGCUGAAAGCGCCUAAGCGGAAGCAACUGCAGGCUACAAAGCUCAGCGUGGAGGGUCGUGGCAUGGUGAAAUAUCUGUAAUCCUCUCAUUCGGGUAUUAAUUAGGACGAGGUCAAGGGAACAUGGUGCGUUGCUGGGAGUAACCAGUUUCUUGCCUAGGAUGAAAUGCGUUAGAGGAAGUGUUUGUUGUGUUCAUCAAUCUCCAAUAAUGUGUUGUAUGAUAUGUAUCCUUCCCAUCCUGGAAUUGGAUACUGGAGACGUAAUCUUUUUAUGCUACUUUUAUUAUUUCUCUUUUAACGGAAUGAUUAAAUUUUGUUUUUA